AAACCAUCCUUAAGUUAUUCAGCUUUUGUAAAUCUUGCUCAAAACAAAUUUAAUUUGGUGAAAUUCUUCAAUUAGAUAACCCCACCAUUACAGGCAGAUCUCAUUUCACUCUCUGGCUAUUGGGAAGACCAGACCCCUUUUUAUUUGUGGAGAAACAACUCCAUAGAAAAUAGAAAAUAAGCACAAAAACAGAGACGUUUAUUUAUAACUACACGCUAUUCUAGUUUUCUACGAUGGCUUCUUCAGAAUCUGUUGACACAACCGACCUGUUUGAGAAGGACCAAACUGAGGGGUAUCGUAUUCCUGCUCUGCUCCACAUUCCAAACGCAAACAUACUUCUGGCGUUUGCUGAGAAGAGAAGCGGCCUCCGUGAUGAAGAUGCCACCAAGCUGUACAUGCGUGAGGGCACAUAUGACAACCCUUCAAACAAAUUUCAGUGGAAGGAAGUGAAAGCUAUCCAGUCUGCCACCAAGGAGGGGUAUCGAUCCAUGAAUCCUUGUCCCGUCUAUGAGAAAAAGACGAACACUAUCUUUCUCUUCUUCAUUGCAGUCGAAAAUCAUAAGUCUGAGCAAGAUCAAAUCGACCAAAACAAAAAUGCUGCACGACUUUAUUAUGUUACCAGUGCCGACCACGGGCAGAACUGGAGUGAACCUAGUAAAGAUCUAACAGAUGAUUUCGAGUGUGACUGGGCAACAUUUGCCUUGGGUCCCGGCCAUGGCAUUCAGCUAAGUAAUGGCUGUCUUAUUAUCCCUGCCAAUGCUCACGUAAAAGAGUCAGAUAAACAAGUCAGGGUACAUGCUUUCACUUUCUUUAGUGAAGAUCGCGGAAAGACCUGGCAGUUAGGGUCCUUUGUUUCUGGGGAGGAGUGUGGAGAAUGUCAGGUGGCGAUGGUGCACGAAUACAAAGUAUCUAGUUCCAAAUGCUGCAAAGUUAGCAAUUGUAGACGACCUCUAAUCUAUUGCAAUGCUCGGAGCAAUAAGAAUGGUGAGAAACAGUAUCGGGUGGAGACUUUCAGUCAGGAUGGUGGAAAAACCUUCACAGAAGGGAAACUGAUGAAACGGCUGGUUGAACCUCCCAAAGGUUGCCAUGGCAGUGUCAUCAGUUUUCCUUCCUCUGUAGUUUUGCGUGUCAAAAACUACUCUGAAGUUGAAAAGUAUCACGAUGGACAGGGAAAUAACUCCCAAGAGUUUGACAUUAUACUGUUCUCGCACACCACAGACACAAAAUCACGGAAUGAUUUAGGAAUUUACCUUGCUACCUAUUCUGGUAAUAGUCCAAUCUGGACUAAUCCUUGGGUCAUUAGUGCAGGUAAAUGUGGCUAUUCAGACCUGGCAUUUAUUCAACUUCCUAAGAAAAAUCCUGUUGUUGCUUGUUUGUUUGAACAAGGGAGCACAAAUGAAAAAAUCUCAUUUUGUCUUUUGCAAAUCGAUGAUAUUAUUGUGAACACUAUAAAACGCUGAUUGAUUUCAGUGUCCUUUAUUGCGUAUAUUAUGAAUAAAUCUGAUUGAUUGAUUAUUUGAUUGAUUGAUUGAUGGGAAUCCAGAUUCUGACAGUAACAAUUUGAAAUUAAUUUUUUUUCAUUUCAACAAUUACAACUGAAAUAUAACUUGAAAAAUAAUCGAUAUUUUAAAUAUCUUCAAAUCCGUGAUUAUCUGAAAAAAUAUACAAAGGACUAUUAUAAUGUGCCCCCAGACUUAUUAGAUGAAGCCAUGAAGAUAAAGGCUAAAUCAGCAAAUCUAAUGUCAUACUUAUAUAAUAUUAUAUUGAAUAUAGAAAUACCUACAACAGAUAAUAUUAGAAGAGAUUGGGAACAAGAAUUAGCUAUAAAAAAUUUCAAAAGAGAGCUGGGAUAAACACUUAAGAUAUGUGCAUAAAUGCUCGAUCAACGUACGACAUACUCUAAUCCAAUAUAAAACAUUACAUAGACUAUAUUAUUCAAAAACUAAAAUAAAUAAACUCUUCCCCAAUGUCUCACUCAUUUGUGAUAAAUGUCAGGUACAAGAAGCUAACAUAGCGCACUCUUUUGUUUUCUGUACAAAAAUUCAAAAAUUCUGGAACAAAAUAUUUGAAAUCUUUACAAAAUUAUUUAAAAUAAAACUUCUACCCAGAGUAGAAUGGAUCAUUUUUGGAAUAUCGGAAGCUAACCCUGAAUUAAAUAUGUUUCAAAAGAACUUACUUAAUUAUGGGCUAAUAAUCGGAAAAAAGCUUAUACUUAAAUUUUGGAAAAAUGCUCCAAUACCAACAAAAAUGUGGAUUUCAAACAUGUUCAAAACAUUACACUUGGAAGAGUUGAGACUCCUCCUAGCAGGUAAAGCAGAUCACUUCCAAAAGACGUGGUCUGCAUUUAUGGAACUAUUACAAGCUAAGAUGCAAUAAUAAGUUAAAAUAUAAAGGCUACCAGGACCGGGUAAUGGGGGGUAUAAAAUACAUUUUUAAUAAAAACAUGGUUGGUAGAUCCUUUUUUGCGGAGUUUUGUGUUACAAUAGAGCGACUGAUUUUCCUUUUUUCCUUUUUUUUCCUUUCUUUCUAGGGUCUUAAUUAUUUUCUUUGCUUCCUUCUCUAAUUCCUUCCCUAAGGGGUUCUUUUCUCCCAACACUUUCCUGCACCUUCACGAUUCUUGCUUACUUUUCUUACUUCUUUUAUUUCUUUCUCUUUUACAGCUCAAAAAAUGAAGUGGUACAACAUAAUGUAAUAAGAUAUAUGCGAUGUAUUAAUGUGAUUUACUGUACUGCUAAUAAAAAUAAAAUAAAAAUAAAAAAUUU